GCGAAAAAAGCAACAAGUAAUGGGAACUGUCUGUAUAAUUCUGCUUCGAUUAUCCUUAACGGAAAUGAAAAUCUAUCCCUAAUAUUAAGGCUUCUAACGGCGGUUGAAUUGUAUAAGAAUGCACCAUUCUAUGCAACACACCCAAACUUGCCUGAAGCUGCAAGCGACUGUGGUCUUCCAGAGAUAAGCUUGUUUAUCCAGUGUUUGUCAGAGAGUGGGCUUAAAGUAUUUGAGGACACAAAGAAUCGUAUCAAGGCUGUAAAAGGUGAAGCUAUUGCUGGAUGCAGGGACAAAAAAUGGUCUGUAAUGAUGCACCUGAUGGCUCUUUCAACUGUUAUUGGCAGGCCAAUAUUCUCUUUUUAUCCUGAAUGCAACACAAAUACUCGUCCCCUUUGUCACAAAGAAAUUUUGCCACGAGAUUAUGGUACAAAAAAACGAGACAUCAGCGUCAAUAAGGCAAUGAUUCUUUGGUCCAGGGACAGCAACCUUGACAACCGCCCCGGGAGCUGGUAUGAGCCAAAUCACUUCGUACCAAUA